UUUUAAUUAAUUUUAUUUCACUGUAAAAUUAAUGUAAAAAAAAUUUUAUGAUUUUAGGUGCAACUGUAGUAUCUUGGCGGGUCAACAAUCAAGAGCAGUUAUUUGUCAGCAAAUUGGCCUCUUUUGAUGGGAAAAAGGCAAUACGUGGCGGCAUACCAUUCGUCUUCCCUCAAUUCGGUCCAUGGUCAUUUGGUGCUCAACAUGGUUUUGCACGCAUAACGCGAUGGAACUUAGAGAGACCACCGGAACGGCUGCAUAAUGGUGAUGUAGAGGCUAUAUUUUCUUUAAUGGACAAUGAAUUCACUAGAUCUAUGUGGAAUUAUCAAUUUCGCAUCACAUAUCGUUUGAUAUUGCGUGAAAAGGAAUUACAUUUUCAUAUAGGUGUCUAUAAUCCUAGUAAAGACUUAGCGCUUACAUUUAAUCUAUUAUUGCAUACGUAUUUAAAAGUUCCUGAUGUUAGACGUUGUCAAAUAACUGGACUGCAUGGUUGUACCUUUAUGGAUAAGACUCGCGAUGGUGCUUUGUAUCAAGAGGGCCGUGAAGUUGUGACGGUAAAUGAGUGGACCGAUCGCAUUUACCAGCAUACGCCUCAAGAACACAUUAUAACGAAUGUUGUGUCGGGCCGCAAAAUGCGUAUACACAAGUAUAAUUUCCCCGAUACCGUUAUUUGGAAUCCUUGGAUUGAUAAGGCCCGUGAAAUAGGGGAUUUCGGUGAUGAUGAAUUUCCGAAUAUGUUGUGUGUGGAGGCGGGACAUGUCUCAUCGCCGGUUAUAUUACUGCCCGGAACUGCUUUUGAAGCCAGUCAAAUAUUGCAGAUCAUCAUUGAGGGUAACGUCAGCCGAAAGACUAAACGGAAUCGCUAGCGUUUAAAGAAUCGGAACCCAAUGAGGUAAACCGAUUCUUAAAACAAAUAAAGCGAACUAUUACAAAACAAUAAUAAAACUCAAAUCUACAAUAAAACAAAUAAAGAAAACUCAAAUGUGACGACACAAAAUACUAUA